AAAAAAAAAGAUUUAGUGUUUAUUAAUUAUUUUAUGGAGGGCACAUGUCAGAUUCAAAGAUUUAAGAAAAUCAGUAAAAAUAUUACAAUAAAACACAUGAAUAAUGUUUUGAAAGCAGUUGCAGUCUUGUUGACAUCCAGGGUCUGAAUAAACAUGUCCAUCAAUGCCUCAUCGGGCAGGUUUUUUUUGUUCCAAACAAGCCCGUGUAUUUUAGUUCACAUGUAAGAUUUCUGUACUUAUUAAGUAUUGUUAGUAAUCAUGUGACCAUUAGCUGCUGGCUCACUGUGUAUAGACACUGCUGUGAUAAUAUAGGACCUCCUGCUCCUGGGACCCAUUGAAACUGCACCUUCUGUCAGUUACAACAGUUUCUUUCACAUACAUAUAGGAUAAUUAACGACGGUGAUACCUAAUCAAGGAUGUCUCCAAGGGGGCAGUCGUUGGUUGAAGUUGAUUGGGGCUUUUUGAGCUCUUUGUCUGGCAGUUAAAACAAGCCAGACACAUCAUUAACAUUUCAGUACCUUUCUGCCUGCACCUGGUGGGCGUGCCAUUUUAACACCUCCCCUUGUCAUCCACUUAAGGACCACAAUUUACACACUACAUGACUGACCUACUUUUCUGCUAAACAGGGAUUGUAAAUGGACUCUUAUUGGUUAGGUCAAGUAUGGGGUAUUUCAGAAGUUUACUGGAACCCACCCAGUUGAACUAUAUAAAUGAGAGCAGAUAAGCUCCUGUUAUUUACCAAGCUGCCGAUCGCAACAUACUGUACUACAGCAGACAUGGCACACAUCAGCAAGGAGGAAUCCCAGGAGACUCAUCUCAUGAGGGCAAUGAGACAAGUACACGAGUUCAAGCAAUAUCUUGCCAGCCUGGGCAUUAAAGUUUCAGUGAGAACUGCAAGGGUUCACUACAAGGAGAGACAACCCUGCCGCGAAAGUCGCAAUAUCUUGGCUGCCAUUGAUGAGAUAACAAAAAGCAAUGACAAGAUGACUGCGCAAGACAUUCAGCUAAAAAUUGAGGACGAUCUGGGAGUUUCACUGAGCCUCUCCAGUGUACGCCACGCUCGCAGACUCCUUGGGAGAAAAACUCCCUUCUCCCAAAUGACGGAAGAGAUCAACAGUGACGCAAGAUUACAACGAGUUCUCCAGAGGAUUGAGUCUGGGGAGAUUUGGGAUGAUGGCACAGAAGUUCCACAGCAAGACGAUCAACCACAGCCGGGGCGUGUCAUCAAACUUCACAUAUGGGGGAUGAUUUCACAGCAUGAUGCAUGUCCUAAAACCAUCUUACACGAAAUCCUGGACAAACGCCGCUCUCAGAAACCCAACCAAGUUGCUGCUGCACGGCUGGGCCUGGACGAUGGCUUCUUUGAGGAGAUGGAUCCAAACCACACUGCUGCUGCUGAGCCUUCAGCUUUAAAGCACAUCAAGCUUGUUGUAAUUGCAGUUGCAAAGGACAACUGAGAGCAGAGUGGAAAAUUAGUUUCCACUAAUUUCCAUUUAGAUCUACAAUGUUCCCCUUCUACAUACAGUGUGAUAUUGUUUUUGUUUUACUGUUGUGUAAUGAAACUAAAUCUGAAAUUGACUUUGAAAUUUAAAACCUUAUGAAAGACUCUGAUCUCAAAAUCUAAGAAGAUCUGGGAGUUUGUACACCGAGUCUGUCCAGCACACACCAUGCCUGCUGUCUCCUUGGCAGAAAGACCCCCUUCUCCUAAUUG